UAGACCUUAGCAGCAGGCAGAAGUCAAACAAAAGUUUCCGGGGUGUGGGUAGGAGUGAGCUAGAAAGCUAUACUGUAUGUUCGAAUGCUAACCUUAAACUGUAGGUAAGACGAAGAAAACCUAAAACAUAUGUGAUCAUCGUUAAACACUCUUUAUUCAUCUUUAAACCCUUCACAUGGAAACAGGCACUGUGUUUACACGAUCAACAAACGACUCAAACAAACCGAUAAAUCGAAAACAAUACGGACAGAUUUACAGGAGAGAUAGUAAAGAAGAGAUAGAGAAAGCGAAAUAGACAUCUUGUGUGAGAAACAGGAACAUGAGCACACUUGUAAGUUUGAGUUUAUUUCUGCUUUCCGUGUCAUUUGAGUCUUUUCUGAGUCGUUUGAGCGCGCUUGGGUUCAAGCCAUAUCGUUUGCAGUGUCAUCGCGUUUUAUGUUGGUUUACCUAACAGACAGACACGUCUACUAAAUUUAAUGGUAACUUACACACUAACCAAACAAACUGUGCGCAGCUAUCUUAACAAACAAUGUAAUAUUUGUACACCAUACUUAAAUGUAAUGUAAGGUUUAAAGACAUAUCUCUGUUUGUUUAUUCAUCAAUCAAUCAAUCUCAUGACACGGAGCUCGCUGACACAGGAUCCGUUUGCGUGUCCGGGCACGUGCAGCACUGAGGUUCUUAGGAAAGUCCGCUUUCACUUUGUUGCACCAUCAUGUGAAACCCCACCAUGUGAUUCUUAACUCACAGGAAAUUCCUCAAAACUAUUCAUAAAUCAGAUCAAGUAGUUAUAGGCAUAUAUAAACCAUCUCUUUGCAGCACGCAGUGUUUUUAGGCUUUUAUUGUAGUCAGACAUGGAUGUAGAUCUGCACGGACUGUGGGAGAAUAACACAACCUUCGACUAUGAUGAUUACGUGUAUACUGAUGUGGACUCUCAGCCCUGCCAAUUCUGUGGCUUCGUAACGGUCUUCAUCCCACUGUUGUAUUCAGUGGGACUGUUAUGGGGUUUGCUAGGAAAUGGACUGGUACUGCUGAUAUUGUGGAGUAAGAGACGAAAAUGGAGUGUGAUGGACAUCUUCAUCCUCCAUUUGGGUGUAGCUGAUGUUCUUCUGAUGUUGACACUGCCCCUCUGGGCUGUAGAUGCAGUGAGAGGAUGGAUUAUCGGCACUGGGUUCUGCAAACUGGCCGGAGCUUUGUUCAAGAUGAAUUUAUACUGUUGUAUCUUCAUCCUGGCCCUCAUUGGUCUUGAGCGUUACCUGUCCAGCGUCCGUGGAGUGGAGAUGUUUUCCCGUAAUAAUCCCAGUGCGGUUCACCUCAGCUGCGUGAUUGUCUGGUUCAUCAGUCUGCUCCUUUCCAUUCCGGACUGGAUCUAUCUGGAAGCCAUCAUGGAUGAAACGACUCCGGAGAAAUGGCAAUGCAAUCACGUUUACCCCAAUAAUGGCAUGCGUAUUUCCAUCCGUCUUUUACUUCUUGCCGUGGGUGUUAUUUUGCCUGCACUUGUGCUGCUGUUCUGUAGCAUCUUGCUGUAUGUACGGCGCAAAACCAGUGGACCGCGGGACAGAAGAACAUGUGUCUUUGUAGCGCUAGGGCUGGCGUGCAUUGUGGGCUGGACUCCCUAUAACGUUGCCUUCGUUGUGGACACUGUCUCCACAUACACAGCUUCAAAAUGGUGUAAAGGAAAGCGAUGGACAGCUGUCGAUGCGACAGCCGUUUUGGGGCUCCUCCAUUGUGUGGUCAAACCUGUGAUUUACCUCUGCUUCUCUAAAGAGUUUCAGCGACGUGCUAUGUCUUUGGUGAAGUCAAAAUGUUUUGAUGAAGACAGCAAUGAGGUUUCGCUUUGGGACUGCGGUGAGGGAAGCGGUUGUGCUGGUGUUCAGCAAGAGGAACAGAAUUCACUUAAUCCUAUGAAUGACAUUAAUCAAACAGCCCAGGAUCAGAACGUGUGAGGAAACACGGAUCAUGUAUUGACUGUUGAAUACUGUAUAUCAUUAAUAAUUUAAUUUAUUUACAACAUAAUUUAUUCAACUCAAAAGCUGUAGAUACAAUCACACCAAGUUAUGAAAUAGCUUAUUGGUGGUUGAUGGAUGGGUUUUUAACUUUGUUUCUGGGAAGAUGUUUGUCUUGUUCCUGUACAGGAACAGAAACUGGGAGACGUGUGUUUCUGUAACCCAACUUGAAAGUAUGGUGCUAGAAAUGUCAAUGGGUUGGAUAGUUGCAUAAUGCAUUACAGUUAUGGAUGCUAAGUAGCCUUUUUUUGGAAAAUGAUAAAUACGUCCAGUUAUUUUCUUAUUUGCACUUUAAUAUUAUUUACUUUCAUGCAUGUCAAAUGUAUUAUUAUAUGUUCGCUUGUCUUGAGUGUUUUGAAAUAGUGUUUUAAAAUCAUAGGUGUAGGGAUGAUGAAAAGUGGGAUACAUGUCAAACUAAUCAACUCAUGAAUAUUAAGUAGGUGAUGUAACAUUUUCCUAAAAGCUAGUAGAUUGCUACAAAACAUUAUUGUUCCACGCUACUGGAGCUUUCACUUCCCAGAGGCUUGGUCUUAAAGUUGUAGCAGGCUAUGUUUUUUUAAAAAAAAAUCUUAGUCAUCAUGAAACGGAAGUAGCGAUUGUCUUAUUUUCUCUGUCGUGAUGUAUGUCCAAGUGAAACAGCUUCUCAAAUGAGAAAAAAAUGUAGGUGGGACUUGAUUUCAUGUUGCCCUUCAAGCAAUUCCUCGUGACAGGAAGUAAAGAGAGGUUGUUUCAAGGAGGGGAAGAGAUUAGCGUUUUUGAUUAAAGAUUUAGAGAGCAUAUGAAUUAAAAUAUAAUAAAUAAUGAAGCUCACAGAUAAGUCAUUUAUAAAUAAUAAAUGGCACAAUAUUCUUUAAAUAAUGGUUUUAAUUUCAGUUUUGAUGACUUUUAACAGGCUAAACCGAUAUAUUCACUAAUAAUAAUAAUAAUAAUCUGAUAAUCUGCGUAUUGAUCUGCAUUAACAGUCAUCAUUUAAAAAACUAUUUUGAUGAUUGUGGUCUGUAGUUACGAAUACUGAUUGCAUUGAAAGGCUGUUUAAAGCUGCUGUGGGGAUACUAUUGUAUUUUCCGGACUAUAAGUCACACUUUAUUCAUAGUUUGGCGGGUCCUGGAACUUCUAGUCAGGUGCGACUUAAACGUCAAAAUUAUUUCAUAUGAACCAAGAGAAACCAUUACCGUCUACAGCCGCGAGAGUCCACUCUAUGCUGCUCCUGUAUUUAUGUAAUUCAAUGGAUUCAGUGAUGCGGAAUGACUUUGGGACCUUUUUGAACUUGAUUUGGCUUGUCGUGUUAAUUUAGUCUAUUCAGCCUCUCAUGUAUGUUCUGUAUGCUAUUGUUUAUCGUGUAAAUAACUAUUAAUUUUACUUUAACAUGUACAGACACCUAUUCAGGCUUCUGUUCUGUGCUAUUGUUUAGUUAAAUAACUUGUCUUUCCAGAUUAAAUGUCUGUUCUUCGGCUUGGAUUUUGUGAAAUCAUUUUCUAAAUAAACGCCACGUAUAGUCCAGUGCGACUUAUAUAUGGAUUUUCCUCUUCAAAACGUAUUUUUGACUGAUGCGACUUAUACUCCGGAGCAUCUUAUAGUCUGGAAAAUACGGUAAUAUCCAUAUCAAAACUUCGAGGACAUCUGUCGAAUAUGUUUCAGAUUGACUGUGAGGUUCUUAACAAGGUAUGAUGUGUUUUUACUGGUAAAUAGACUUUGAAAGGGAAGUGAAAAGUAAUGAUAUUUUAUAAGCAUGUUGUGUUAUGUUGAUGAAAAAUAAUUGAGAAAAAUAUUUUUUAUAAUAAUUAUUCGUUGGCACUUAUGCUUGUUCGUUGUUAAAUAAAAUCUCAUUUCCAAUAGGUGUGGGUCAUGAUGAGUUCUUCUAUACCAACAUUACACAACAUUUACUCCCCUUACUUUUCCUCUUCAUGGAAUUUUAGAGAAAGUACUCCCCCUUGCUCUUUAAGUACAUGAUGAAACAUGGGAAUUGGGGAAAAACGUUGUAGGGAUUUUUCUGGAAUCUCCAUGAAAAGCAAUAUCAUCACACAUGAGUAGAGAGAGAGGGAGAGAGAAAGAGGUUCAUUGUAUAUGAUCUAGGCUUGUGCUGUGCUGACAGGAGUGUCCUUCUGAAUACUUGAAUGUUUCAUCAUGCUAAACAACAAAAGGCUCUGUGUCUUUGUUCAAAACAGGGGGAUAAGACAAAAAGUUAAACAAUUAUUUUUUUCUAAACAAUCAGAUGAAACAUUUUUAACUUGUGAUCAUGUUAUCAUAGAUUUAGUAUUUUGAAUAGAAAAAUCAAAGCUCUGGUAUUUAAGCUUCUAUUCAAGUUUUCUAUUCAGUUUCUACUUUGACACAACGUUGUUGUUAAAAACUCUUUGCCUACAACAAAAACACAAAAAUAGCAACACAUUUUAGCACCCCACCCAGUUUCCUCUUUUGCAAAACACAUGAUAGUAAAGAUCACACAGUGAUUGCAUAGUCAUGAGAUGUUAUCAUAUUUUUCAUCCUUAGUCAUCAUUAUAUGAAUGUCCUGAUAUUAUUAAACAAGAGUGGAUUCUGUUUUAUUAUGACAUAUUAGGAUGAGUUUACUGAAUUGAGACUAUUCACAGGCUACUCUGUAAGUAAGGACAGGAAGUUGCUAUUCGCAAGUUUUUUUUGAGAACAUUUUGUUGCUUGUGUGCAAGCUGUGUGACUAUUUUUACAGACACUUGUGAAGUGAAAUUUUGGUAAUUGCCAUGAAGGCUACUUUUACAUAGACAUAUAAAACACUUCCAGAAGAAACUGAAAUUGAAAUCAAUGAAAUGAAAUCAUUGGUAUGUAGCUCCUCUGCUGUACAGUGUGCUGGCAUUUCCUUUUGCUUUGCUUUAGCAGCAUAUGCUGUGGACUGAUAGUUUGAGCUCUUUGCUCUGGAAUUUGCAUACAGUGUAUUGACAUUUGUUUUUUGAUUUGGUUUUGUAUUAUGGACCAGCCCUGUAUCUACAAAACAAAAGCAAAAGCUUGUAGACUUGGUAGGGUAAGGUUAGAGGUCACAGAGUAAUUUGAACAUCACAUGUACAUCUACUGUAUCUACACAAACUUGUUUUGACACAGACUGGUUUCUCAACUUUUGAUUCCUGAGUCAUGUAGGUAGUCACAACACAUGCAUUGUCUUUAUAAAUAGAGCUGAUGAUACCUCAUGAUCAUUUUAAGUACAGCAGGAUUUCCUUUGAAAGUUGAAUUCCAACUGUUUUAAUGAUUUGUCUUUAUAUUUAUAUUAUGUAUAUGUUAUGUGAAUAAUAAAGAUUCCAGAUAUUAA